GAAGGUUUGAAACUUUUCCCAUCAGAAAUAUUAGCCGAUCCUGUUUUAGCGGGAAGCGACGUCAACAACAACAAGUGCGACGCGAGCCAGCAUGCACGUCGGAGCACCAAGAUGCUCGCAAUCCUGAGGAAACGAAGAGGAAUUCUGCUUUACCUAGCUAGCUCCUCCGCUCUGAUGAUCUUCUGCUUACUCCACUCGGCCUCCAAGAACACUCGCGUCAACCAAUUAAAAAGAGUUUAUCCUUGGCAAAUGGUUGAUUAUGACGAAUAUAACUGCGGGUGUCCCAGAUCUGGUCCACCAAUCAUAGCGUCAAGCUCACAAUCCAUAUGCAGUGACUGGUCGACCAGCAGAGGUGCCGGGCAGAGGGUGGUGUCAUACAGUAUAUAUGGCGAUAUGAACCACAAAGGUGUUUAUAGACAAUAUUAUUCCGCAAUAGAAGAAAGACUUAAAGACGUCCAAAAAUAUUAUGAAGGGUGGGUAGUGCGUCUCUACCACAACAAAUCACAGUCGGAUGGUCAGGCUCAGAGCUUACUGUGUCGCCUCUAUUGCCUCUACCCUCACUUCGACCCCUGCCACGUCCACCGCCUCUACCCGACAGAGGAGACACUGCCGACGAACCCCAGGCCCUCCUUAUCUGUGAGUUCCGGUAUUUCAGAAGCUAUUAAUAAUUAUUUUAAGGAUGCUGGUAAGUAUCCAAAGGACACAGUAGAAGGCGUAUGGGAGGAAGGGGGUGAUGCUGCAAACGCGACGGCAGAGAGGAGUACGACACGGGGUGGUGGAGUUAAGAGUAGCCCGGGAGGUGAUGAAGAAGAAAAUUUGGGACUUACUGGAGAGAAGGCGAUAACUAAUAGAGAAAAUAUGAGAAACAGAAGAGAAUACGGGAGAAUCUCGAGUAAGGAUGUAGGGGGUGAGAAAGCGAUGACCAGUACAAACCCAACAACAACCACACCUGAAAAAAUACACCCUGGACUCACAGGUGCAAGGAGUUACGAGCAGCUGUUGAUAGGCAAGAUGUGGAGGUUCCUCGUUAUGGCUGACCCUCUGGUGGCCGAGUUUCUGGUGCGGGAUGUGGACUCUGCCAUUCUGCCGCGGGAGGUGGCGGCCGUCCGGUACUGGUUGUCCAACUCCACUGCCAUCCUCCACCUCAUGCGUGAUCACCCCAGCCACAACGGCCUCAUACUGGCAGGGAUGUGGGGUGGGUCCCGUGUACGAGGAGGAGACAAAUUUAGGAAUAUGAUUAGAGAGAUGCUACGCUGGCCCCCUAGGAACUUCUGGGACUACGACCAGAUGAUGCUCAAGAGGGUAGUCUGGCCGGAGGUUCUGGAUAGCUUGCUAGCACAUGACAGUUACUUCUGUGGCAACCCCCACUUCCGGUCACAUCAUCGCUCAGCGCCGUUCCCGACUCGGCGUGACCGUCGGUACUUCGUCGGCUGGGGCCCGACCCGCGACCACGAGCUAUCGGGUGUGACUGUGUGUCCAAAAGAGUGUAGACCACCCGACCACCAAGACUGGUCAUACUGCUAGCUACACCCACGACCACCCGACCACCAGGAGUAGUUCUACUGCUCGCUACACCCUCCUACACCCACGACCACCAGGAGUGGUUUUAUUGCUAGCUACACCCUGCAACACCCACGACCACCAGGAGUGGUUACACUGCUAGUUACACCCUCCUACACCCACGACCACCCGACUACUAGGACGGAAUCUACUGCUACCUACUCCCACGACCUCCAAUAAUGGUUCUACUACUCGCUACACCCUGCUACACCCACGACCACUAGUAAUGGUUCUACUACUCGCUACACCCUGCUACACCCACGACCACUAGUAAUGGUUCUACUACUCGCUACACCCUGCUACACCCACGACCACCAGUAAUGGUUCUACUGCUCGCUACACCCUGCUACACCCACGACCACCAGUAAUGGUUCUACUGCUCACACCCUGCU